CUUUGGCUUCAGCAGCAGCAUUCCCCUGCUCACCAUCCAUGGAGCAGCAGGCUAGCUAGAAGCAGGCAAGGAACAAGCAAGUGGAGAGAAAGGACAGAGCCUUGCAGGAGGCUUCCCUCACAACCCGUCAGAGAGCUACAAGGACACGCAGAUCCGCCUCACCACCCUAAUGCAUUGCCCACCCAGGCUAACGGGGCUCAUAAACUUUCUCCUGAAGAGCUCAGGCUGCAGGGUAUAGGGCUUGGAACAGGACUCUGCGUAAAACUUCACUCAUCUGAUCUGGGGAUUUGCGUGAACCCAGGAAUCUGACAGGACUCAGAUUUCUUCAUCUCCAUGUGCAGUGGUUUCAGACAUCACCUUAUUGCAGUGGAAGCAGCUUGGGAUUUGGGGGAGCAGCAGACACCCUAAGUGCAAACCCCUUGUCAGAGGGUUUACUCACCCUAAUCUCCUGGGAGCCGCACUCAGGAUUACAACGGGAAGAAUGUCAGGAAAAUACUUGCAGACCUGGAUAUGGAUGGCAGUUUUGGAGAUGCUGUGUCUAGCCUGGGCUCAAGAUGAUGUCCCUCCGUACUUCAAGACUGAACCGGUGCGGAGUCAAGUCCAUCUAGAAGGGAAUCGGCUGGUCCUUACUUGCAUGGCAGAGGGGAGCUGGCCUCUCGAGUUUAAAUGGCUGCACGACCAUAAAGAGCUAACCAAAUUCUCACUGGAAUACAGGUACAUGAUAACCUCGCUGGACAGAACCCACGCUGGACAUUACCGCUGUAUUGUGAGGAAUCGGAUGGGGGCAUUGCUACAGAGACAGACUGAGGUCCAGGUGGCCUACAUGGGAAACUUUGAAGAUGGGGAUGCCUCCAUAGUCGUGUCUCAUGGGAAUGCAGCAGUUAUCGCUGCUCCCAGUAUCGCCAGUUUCCCCCAACCGCAGGUGACAUGGUUCAGAGAUGGCAGAAAGAUCCCUCCCAGCAACCGCAUUGCUAUCACCAAGGACAAUGCACUGGUGAUCCUGUCCAGCGUAGCUCCUGAUGCCGGACGAUACUAUGCACAGGCUGUCAAUGACAAGAAUGGCGACAACAAGACCAGUCAGCCAAUAACACUGACAGUAGAAAAUGUUGGGGGUCCUGCAGACCCAAUUGCUCCCACCAUCAUCAUUUCACCCCAGAACACCAGUGUGGUGACGGGUACCUCUGAAGCAACUAUGGAGUGUGUUGCUAAUGCUAGACCACUUAUUAAGUUAAACAUUGCAUGGAAGAAGGAUGGAGUGCUCAUUUCCAGCGGAGUGACUGAGUUUGGUCGCCGUCUAACAAUCCUGAACCCCACUCUGAGUGAUGCUGGUUAUUACUCUUGUGAGGCAACCUUACGUAGUAGCAGUGUGCCUGCAGUCACCGCUGGAGCCUUCCUGACUGUACUGGAGCCACCUCAAUUUGUGAAGGAGCCGGAAAGACACUUAACAGCUGAGAUGGAGAAAGUUGUUGACAUUCCGUGCCAGGCAAAAGGGGUUCCCCAGCCCUCUAUUUCCUGGUAUAAGGAUGCCGCUCUGAUUGAUAUCAGGAGGGACACCAGGUUUCGUCUGGUGGGCACAGGAAGCCUACGGAUCACUGGGCUUAUGCCUGAUGACACAGGGAUGUUCCAGUGCUUUGCCCGUAACAGUGCGGGUGAGGUACAAACUUCAACUUACCUUGCAGUUACCAGCAUUGCCCCCAACAUAACAAAGGGUCCGCUAGACAGCACAGUUAUAGAUGGUACUACUGUGGUGCUGCAGUGUGAAACCUCUGGAGCUCCCCGGCCUGCAAUCACAUGGCAGAAAGGUGAUAGGGUCUUGGCCAGUGGAUCAAUUCAGCUGCCCCGCUUUACCCUCCUAGAAUCCGGAAGUCUGCUUAUCAGUCCAGCCCAUAUAUCAGACGUGGGCACAUAUACCUGCACUGCCACCAAUUCUCGUGGUGCUGAUGAUGCCUCUGCUGACGUUAUUGUGUGGGCUCGAACCCGCAUUAUCAACCAACCAACAGACCAGAGUGUUAUCAAGGGAACUAAAGCAUCAAUGUCCUGCGGGGUGUCACAUGAUCCCAGUGUGGCCAUCAGGUAUAUAUGGGAGAAGGAUGGGUUUCCUUUGAGUUUUGAUAACUUACCCAGAAUCCAAAUGGACAAGAAUGGCACUUUGCACAUCUCCCAGACAUGGUCAGGAGACAUUGGAAUGUACACCUGCCGCAUCCUGUCAGUAGGGGGCAAUGACUCAAGAAGUGCCCACCUUCGGGUCAGACAACUGCCCCAUGCUCCUGAAAACCCAAUUGCCCUACUGAGCACCACAGAGCCACGAUCUAUUAAUCUGACAUGGGUCAGACCCUUUGACGGUAACAGCCCACUGAUUCGCUACAUCCUGGAGGUUGCUGAGAAUAGUGCCCCAAGGACCAUUUUAUUUGCUAACAUGGAUCCAGACUACACUUCGGUAGUUGUGAGGAACCUCAUUCCAGCCCGUUCCUACCAGUUCCGUCUUUGUGCAGUGAAUGACGUUGGCAAAGGGCAGUACAGCAAGGACACCCAACGAGUAACACUUCCUGAAGAGCCACCCAGCGCCCCUCCACAAAAUAUCAUAGCCAGCGGACGCACCAACCAGUCCAUCAUGAUCCAUUGGCAGGCUCCCCCGGAGAAUAAACAGAACGGCAUCCUGAAGGGAUAUGUCAUUAGAUACCGGCUCUCCGGCUUGCCUGUAGAUUACCAGUACAGAAAUCUAUCCAGCCCGGACAUCAACAGCCUGCUCCUGGAGGACCUCAUUAUCUGGACCAAUUAUGAGAUUGAGGUGGCUGCGUUUAAUAGCGCAGGCCUGGGGGUGUUCAGCAUAAAAGUGACUGAGUGGACCUUGCAGGGAGUACCAACUGUAGCCCCUGGAAACGUAAAGGCAGAAGCUGUUAAUUCAACCACCAUCCGUUUCAGCUGGAGCCCACCUAGUCCACAGUUUGUGAACGGAAUCAAUAAGGGAUACAAGCUAAUUGUUUGGGACCCAGCUCAAGAAGAAGAUGUUACCGUGAUCACAGUCCGACCCAACUUCCAAGACAGCACGCAUGUGGGCUUUAUCUCCAACUUACAGAAGUUUCAUAGUUACCUGACCUCCAUCCUCUGCUUUACCACCCCAGGAGAUGGGCCUCGCAGUCCUCCUCAGCUUGUCUGGACUCAUGAGGAUGUACCUGGUCCUGUGGGAAACCUUGGCUUCGAUGAGAUACUGGACACCUCCCUCCGAGUGACAUGGCAAGAGCCCACAGAGAAAAAUGGCAUCUUAACCGGAUACAAGAUCUCCUGGGAAGAGUUUAACCAAACCAACACCAGGGUGACACAUUAUCUACCUAACCUCACCUUGGAGUACCGAGUGACUGGCCUCACUUCACUCACCACCUACACCAUCCAGGUGGCUGGGAUGACGUCCAAGGGCCAAGGAGCAGUGGCUUCCUCUACCAUCUCCUCAGGUGUCCCACCAGAGCUGCCUGGGGCUCCAACUAAUAUUGCUAUCAGUAACAUUGGACCCCGUUCUGUCACGCUUCAGUUCCGACCUGGAUAUGAUGGGAAGACCUCUAUUUCCAGGUGGCAGGUGGAAGCCCAGGUUGGUACACAAGGAGAAUCUGAAGAUUGGGUUCUUAUUCACCAGCUGGCAAAUGAGCCUAAUGCCAGGUCUAUGGUGGUCCCAGGACUGAACCCUUAUACCUUUUACAUAUUCCGCAUGCGGCAGGUCAAUAUUGUGGGUGCCAGCCCUCCUAGUUUACCUUCCAGAAGGAUACAGACACUGCAGGCCCCCCCAGACAUGUUUCCUGCUAAUGUGACUCUUCGUACGGCCAGUCAGACCAGCCUCUGGGUGCGCUGGGUGCCUUUACCGGAGAUGGCAUACAAUGGUAACCCAGAAUCUGUGGGAUACAGGAUUCGGUAUACGAGGUCUGAUGGAAAAGGAAAGACCUUCACCCACAUUAUUCAUGAUCGUGUUGAGAGGGAAUACACCAUUGAGGAUCUGGAAGAAUGGACAGAAUAUUCAGUGCAAGUUGUAGCUUUUAACACCAUUGGCUCUGGACCUUGGAGUCCUAUUGUGGUAGCGAGAACUAGGGAAUCAGUUCCCUCCUCAGGCCCCAGUAAUGUCUCUGCUCUGGCUACAACCUCAAGCAGUAUCUUAGUGCGUUGGAGUGAGAUCCCAGAGCCAGAUAGGAAUGGACUCAUCCUGGGCUAUAAGAUUCUCUUCAAAGAGAAAGAUUCGGACAAUCCCCCAUACUCCUGGGUGGUAGAAGGUAAUGCCUCCCGCAGUGUCCAGCUCACCAACCUGGGCAAAUACGUCCUUUAUGAAAUCCAGGUCUUGGCAUUCACUAGAAUAGGGGAUGGAGCAACCAGCACACCGGCAAUUUUGGAGAGAACUCUUGAUGAUGUUCCAGGUCCCCCAGUGGGAAUACUGUUUCCGGAGGUGAGAAUAAACUCUGUACGCCUCAUCUGGCAACCUCCAGCUGCCCCCAAUGGUAUAAUUUUAGCCUAUCAGAUCACUCACAGACUCAACACAACGAAUGCAAACACAGCAACCGUGGAGGUGCUGAAUCCGAGCGUGCGUCAGUAUACAGCCACUGGACUGAGACCAGAGUCUGUAUACUUGUUUCGAAUCACAGCCCAGACUCGGAAGGGAUGGGGGGAGGCUGCUGAAGCAUUGGUGGUCACCACAGAGCGGAGAGAACGCCCACAGCCACCUAGUAAGCCUACAGUCCUGCAGGGAGAUGUAAAGUCCCGAAGUGUGCUGCUGUCAUGGGAACCAGGCAGUGAUGGCCUCUCUCCUGUGCGUUACUACACCAUUCAGACACGAGAAUUGCCCAGCGGGCACUGGGUGGUGCAUUCUGCCUCCGUCAGUCACAAUACCACUUCCUCUGUUGUAGAACGACUAAAACCAUUCACUUCAUACAAAUUCCGAGUGAAAGCAACAAAUGACAUUGGGGACAGCGAGUACAGCGAGGAAUCCGAAUCCUUAACGACACUGCAAGCCGCACCUGAUGAUGCACCUUCAAUCGUCUCUGUGACGCCUCACACAACAACCUCAGUAUUAAUUAAUUGGCAGUCUCCAACAGAAGACAGAAUUAAUGGCAUCCUUUUGGGUUAUCGAAUCCGAUACCGUGAACUUGUCUAUGAUGGGAUGAGGAGUUUCACUGUGCGAAAUAUCAACAACCCCAAUGCCAAAUGGGCAGAGUUAACCUCUGCCUACAUGGUCCGGAACCUGAGUGAGCCAUCCCUUACCCAGUACGAGUUGGACAAUCUGAACAAACACAAGCGCUAUGAGAUCAGGGUGAGCGUGUACAAUGCAGCUGGUGAAGGCCCAGCUAGUGUUCCCCAAGAAGUAUUUGUCGGAGAAGCAGUGCCUACAGCUCCACCUCAGAAUGUGGCCAUCCAAAGUGCCACGGCUGUGCAGCUUGAUGUGACAUGGGACCCGCCACCACUUGAAUCACAAAAUGGCGACAUCCAGGGAUACAAGAUAUUUUUCUGGGAAGCUGCACGGAUGAACGAGACAGAGAAGGUGAGAACCUUGUUUCUGCCUGAAAGUGGGGUGAAAAUCAAGAACCUGACCGGUUAUACCACCUAUCUCAUCAGCGUUGCGGCCUUUAAUACUGCUGGAGAUGGCCCCCGCAGUCAGCCUAUUCGUGGUCAGACUCAGGAAGCAGCUCCCAGUGCCCCUGCAUCACUUAGAUUCAGUGAGCUGACUACCACAUCUGUGAAUGUAUCAUGGGAUGCACCCGUUUAUCCUAAUGGAAUUUUGGAAGGAUACAGAUUGGUGUAUGAGCCCUGCACCCCAGUAGAUGGAAUUAGUAAGAUCGUAACAGUGGAUGUAAAGGGAAACAGUCCUCUUUGGAUGAAGCUAAAGGAUCUAGCUGAAGGAGUGACUUACCGUUUUCGAAUAAGGGCCAAAACUUUCACUUAUGGGCCAGACAUAGAAGCUAAUGUAACCACGGGACCAGGAGAUGGUGCUCCAGGACCACCGGGUGUCCCAUCUAUUUCUAGAUACAGUUCAUUAAUCGGCAUCCAAUGGUCAAGUGGGGAUCCGGGAAAGAGCCCUAUUACCAGAUACGUUAUAGAGGCCAGGCCAUCAGAUGAAGGACUAUGGGACAUUCUCAUCAAGGACAUUCCAAAGGAGGCAACUUCAUACACCUUUAACAUGGACAUCCUAAAACAGGGAGUGAGCUAUGACUUCCGUGUGAUUGCUGUCAAUGACUAUGGAUAUGGAACACCCAGCCCACCCUCCACAUCUGUGUCAGCCACAAAAGCAAACCCUUUCUAUGAAGAGUGGUGGUUCUUGGUUGUCAUUGCGCUCAUUGGGCUCAUCUUUAUCCUUCUGCUGGUGUUUGCUUUGAUCAUCCGGGGACAGAGCAAAAAGUAUGCCAAAAAAUCUGAUUCAGCCUGUAAUCCUAAAAACAGCAACCUCUGCCACGGAGAGAUGGUCAGUCUUGAUGAGAGUCGAUUCCCUGCUCUAGAACUGAACAACCGCCGACUCUCUGUAAAGAAUUCUUUCUGCAGGAAGAAUGGUAUAUACACAAGGUGUGUGGCCGGUGCACUGGGAAACGCUUGCUUUGCCCACAGGUCUCCCCCACGCCCCAGUCCUGGUAGCCUUCAUUAUUCAGAUGAGGAUGUAGCCAAAUAUAAUGACCUAAUUCCCACUGAGAGCGGCAGCCUAACUGAAAAGCCCUCCGAGGUAUCAGAUUCACAGGGGAGCGACAGUGAAUAUGAAGUUGACCAGAACCAACAGAAAACUCAUUCCUUUGUGAACCAUUACAUCAGCGACCCCACUUACUACAACUCAUGGAGACGUCAGCAGAAAGGCAUUUCUCGCGUACAUGCCUACAAUUACACAGAUAAUGAGCCCGAGGACUCUGAACACUGUGCCAUACCCAACAGCAACAGCAGUCAGCAAGGCAGUUUGUAUAGGCCCAAAUCCAGUCGGACUCCAACCCCUCAACAACCCCCUAACAUUCCGACCCAGCCAAACCCCAUAUACCGCCCUCCCAGCAGCCUUGCCCCAUCAUCCCGUGCCCCAAUUGCUGGAUUCUCUUCCUUCGUUUGAUGACAAACCUUGCAUUAUUUACCAUUGUUUCUUUGAAUUUUAAGAGGCAGAUAAAUAUAUAUAUAUAUAUAUAUAUAUAAAAUAUAUAUAAGAAAAAUGUGUGUGUAUAUAUAUAUAUAUAUAUAUAUAUAUGAAGUGAGUCAAGACUAAUAGAAAUUUUGUUGGAGACAAUCAGUUGUGGAUUGAAAUCUUCAUUUUUGCUGCUUCAGUUUUGUAUAAUAUUCCAAAGGUUUUGGGUGCAAAAGUCGGCAAGUAUGGCGGAUACAAUCGUUCACCUAAACCAAGAAAACAAUCAUUUUCAUGGCGGAAAAUGGCAGCUGAAUUCCCAGAAUGGCUGCAGGUUCCUGGCACAUUCUCCUCGUAAUGUCUAUGGAAAGGAUAACUGUGCCGGAGUAACUGACAAGGAAUGGAGCGCGGCCGACCUCUGCACUCGACAGCUAGAGCAAGCUUGUAACAAGUGUUAAGGCUGAAUAAUCUGACUCUGCAGAGGAUUACACUGGCUGACACUGUGUAUGAAAAGUUGAACUAAGAAUGCUAUGCAUGCAUUCUGGCUCUGAUGACUAUAUGGACAUACAGUGUUGGUAUAACAAAAUAACUGGAGUAGACCGGAGCCUCAGAAAAGACAGGCGUACAGCCAGAAAAAAAAUGACCGUUAAAUAUUGAGAAAUUAAAAGAAAGCCAAAAAAAUUGCUAAGUCAUUAUAUUACAGUAAAACUAAAGAAUCACAGUGCAACUUGUAUGUGCCAACCAGGGUACAAAUUAACUGCAAUAGUGUGUGCCAGGUUUCAGUCGUCAACCACUAUUGAAACGUACAUGCUCUGAUGCAGGAAUGAACCAUUUCAAAUGCACCAUAUAGGAUGCUGAAAGUAUUACAAAUGUAACAGUUCAUUUAUGUGUUCAUUUUAUGCUUUCAUUUAAAUGAAUAUUUUAAUUUUUUUUGCCAUAUUCUGCAUAUCAACUAUCAAAGAGGAAGUUCAGUGUGGUUUAAUGCCAGAUAGUAGUAUUUCCCUAGAAUUGCACAUAAAUAUACAGUAUUAUAUUGGGUAUGGAAUGUGGUGACAAUGUUUGGGCUAGGAGAUGGUGAAAUUAUUAUAUCAGAGUGGCAGGUUUGUAGGACACAAUGAUAUUAAUUAUGCAGCGUUUCCUUACUAAAGCUUUAUAUUCCUAACAGCACUCUAACCCUACUUGCCUUUGUAUGUAUGUAAUGGAAAUAUGUAGAGAUGAAUGUAUGCUAAUAUUCAUUAUAUGAAACUUAUGAAGGCAGUUCUGCUUGCACAAUUUAACACUCUUAUUCUCUCUGCAUAAUCCCUUUAUAUCCUCCAAGUCCUCUCGUCAGUUUUAUAAUCAAACUACAAUACAGUACUCUGGGGGUGUGGCCUAAUGCCAACAAUAGGAAUGACAUCAUUGUGGGUGUGGCCAGGCACAGAAGUCCUAUGAAUAUGACAGUGUGUAAGUAACGAAGAAGACGACACAGAGUCAUUAUAUAUAUAUAUAUAUAUAUAUAUAUAUAUAUUAAAUGUUAUAUAAAUAUAUUAAAUGUUUCUAACAUAUGGCUUCCCCUCUAUUAUACACAAUUGAGUAAAAGUUUUUGUUUGAGGCUAGAGAGCCUUUAAUGCUUCAAGUUGUUGGUGGUAAGGUAUUACCGGCACAUCAUGAGGUGAUAUUAGGGUAUGUAGUUUGAGGUGACCAGCGAUAGUCACAUGGAAGAUGCACAGUGCACGAUUGAUUUUUAUUCAAGUUUACAGUCACAUUUGUCAGUGUUAUCAUUGGUGUGUGACCAAUGCCCCUGCCCAGAGUACAAGGCCAAGGUGGUAGCACGGCUGCUGCCCUUGUGGCACCUGUAUUCAGCUUGGCUCUUAGGUUGCAGCCAGCUCCCGACCCUUCUUUUGUGACAUUGUGAUGUCACGUGCUGGCGGUUGGGGCAGCCAGGGCCAGGGAAGAAGCACCACGCUUCCCAUUGCUUGGGAUUUCAGAUAAGAAUUGAAGGUAUGCGCAGUUCACAGUCAGUGUGGUCUGGUAUAGCUUAUUUAUGUGUCAAAGAUAACACAUGGCACCUUUAUGAGACACCUCUUUAUGUAGUUAGAUUAUUUUUAUGUUUUGUAAACACAACCACUGAUGUGAGGAAACCUCCUGGGAACAAAGCAGUGCCUCCUGAAUACAAAGUCAGUGUGCCCAAACUGUAAGACAGAACAUAAUGACGCUCCCAUGGAUACACAGCUCCUGGCAUAACCUCAAAGUGUACCUUAUUACCACACCGCUUUUCUUCCCCCCCAGGUGUACUCUGGAAAUUUGUAUCUGCAGUCUAACAAUUGUUUCAUUCCCUAUUUUUAUAUCUUUACCUAGUAUGUUAUCAUACGUAAUGUAUACUAAGUUCUUCAUUUCAGAUGUUUGCCAUUCUGUACCAAGUUAGGCUUUGAUAUGGUAUGUCAGAGAUGCCCAUUGUUGGGACCAUGCGGAUCAAGCUUGUCAGUUCACCAAAAAUAAAUGAUCCAUCAGCGAGGCAUAGCAGAGACUCGGUAGCUAUUGUCACCUGUGUGCAGGACUAAAUAUACAGUGACGUGCAGUGGGGUGAGGCAGAGCCGUUCCUGUCAUACUAACGUUUGUGCCAGAGUUUUUAUAUUAUAAAGUAUAUGAAAAAUACAAAGAAUACGUUAGAAAUAUCUUCUUUGUAGUGUUCUAAUCAUUUGUAUAGUCAAAUCUAUGAAGUGAAAAGUCAAUGGUAGGUAAGGCAGUGCCUCACCUAUCUAUCUUUUCCGCACAUCUCGGAUCAAAACUCACCAAAUUUCCAGGAGUUUAUACUGCUGCACCUGUGUAUAAUGCCCACAUGAACCCUUUGGCUCAUAUAGUGUGUGUAAAUUUGGCUCUGGUGCUAGCCAGUGCCUCCUGAGAAAUUUACCUCACCACACAUCCCUAAAAUACAUAUAUAACAUCUCCAUAGAAGGAAUUUGAUCACUGCUCCGCAUAUAAGUAAUGGUAAGGUGCAAGACUAGAUAAUCAUAUAAGAUAUAAAGAUGCUCGUCACCACAAAUGUUCAGAAUACACCAAAGUGCAUAUCAGCUGAAUUAGCAGCAAAGUUUCAUGCAGACGUAUGCCUGAAAGAUUGCUGUUUUGUUUGGGAUAGAUAGAUAGAUAGAUAGAUAGAUAGAUAGAUAGAUAGAUAGAUAGAUAGAUAGAAACCCUGUUUAAACUAGUGAGGGUGGAAUUUAGAAGCAUGAGAAUCUGCCACAAUCCUCGUGUAAACUGUCUGAGGAUUUGCCUGCAUAAUCCAGCCUUUGCUUGCCUAAUUGAACUAUCAUUCUACUCUACCGCUGACCAUGUAAGGGCGCAUUUCUGUGCUGUUCUGAUGGAAAAUACGGCAAGGUUAAAUAAGUAUUCAAUAGGAUACAGUGCUAAAGCUAGACAAGUUUGUGCCCUGUGCCCCCACUCCCCCAUAUUCGAAACAGGGAUAGCGGCACAUGCCAGAAAUAAAGGGCCAUGACUUUAUGGGAAAGGGGCGUGGCCACAGAAUAGUACCAGUUCACAUACACACAGUAGUGUCCGUUAUAUACAUUACACUGCACAGUAGUGUCCAUUAUUCAGAUUACACACAGUAGUGUUCGUUAUACACAUUAUACCGCACAGUAGUGUCCAUCAUUCACAUUACACCACACAGUAGUGCUUGUUAUACACAUUAUACCACACUGUAGUGUUCAUUAUUCACAUUACACCACACAGUAGUGUUCAUAAUACACAUUAUACCGCACAGUAGUGUUCACUAUUUACAUUACACUGCACAGUAGUGUCCAUUAUAUACAUUACACCGCACAGAUCGUUAUUCACAUUGCAUUGCAUAGUAGUGUCUGUUAUUUGAAUUACACCACACACCAGAUAGCAGAGCCCCUUAUAAACAUUACACAGCAGUAAAGCCCCUACUCCUCAUUCCUCCUCACCAUCAUUCCUCCUCACCAUCAUUCCUCCCACCCCACCCAAGGAGUAGCGGUGCUGAUAAUCUUAUUUCUUUUCCUCUGUCAGUGCACACCAGUUUCUGCUUCUUGUUCUGAGUCCUGACUCUUGCUGGCUGCUUACUGUGCUGUCACUGUGCGGUGCACUGUUUACCCCAACGCCACGGCUCCUUGAUGCAGGGCACUGUGUUGAUGGACUGGGACAGACAUAAUGUCUCUCCCAGUCCCAACAGAUACUGCAGGAGAUGCGGGAGGGGGCGGAGCUGCAGCGCUGCCCACUGUAAUGUGUAAUGGUAGCGAUGCACUGGGCAGAGGAGGUGCAGGCAGUACACAGAAGCUGGUGGCAGCACAUGCAAAGGAGAUUAAAGAGAGAUGCAGACGGUUGCACACACAGGGCAAAUGUGCUGUGUGCAGAGCACUGUCCACACCGACCUAGUUACGGCCCUGAUCAGAUAUUUAAGUAGAUGUAUUCAUUAAUAAAAUGAGGUUUGUCUGCCCUAUUGUUUUAAGCUUCUGGCUAAUCUGAUCCAAACAAAAUUAACUGUUUUAAUGCUCAGAGGGCAUUGGACUGCUCUAAAACGAGGGCUGGCUUAGUACUGUAUGCGGUCUAUCCUUAGUACACUUAUUUUAUUUUUGGUAAGACCAGAGCCGUAUUAAUAUAUUGAUGAGGUUGUAUGCAGUCACAUCUUCCUGUGUCAUAUUCAGGAAGAUGGGUUUUGCACAAGGGAGCACAGUGCCAGAGUCUUUGCUAGCAUCUGCGUCAGUGCCAUCUUUCUGAAGAUAUGAGUUGAAAGAUGGUGCCACCAGCAGAUUAUAUUGGAGAGAUCCAGAGGCCCAUAUGCACUGCACCCCUUACAACCAUUAUAGAUAUGCCACGGGCUAAGACAUUAAUUUAUACGUUGUAUUAAAUCACAAUGAACUGUACUGUUUUCACACUGAUAACAAAAAAGAUAUAAUACCUCUUUUUGGUCUUUACCUUUACAACUAAUAGUAAUUGGCUAAGAUAUUAAAUUUAAUUCUGCAUUUCACAAAUGUAAGUCUAUGCACAAAUGAAACAUGUAUUUUGAUGAUCUACCAAAGGUUAAAGUGGUUAGUAUUGUUUUGAGAUGAUAAGUUGGGGUAUUUGCAUAUUAGAAUUGGUAACAGGCAUUAGCCUCAGAAUUCUGCUUUGUUACUACAAGGCCCAAUCCUGUCAUUCUUUGCCUAUAUCUUGGAACAUUUUGCUAAUGGGCCCCAGAGUGGAAAUAUGCUCAAAGUAAAGUUGAUAACUGCGCAGUUCAUUAGUAUGAUGUGAAUUUUUAUUAGAGAUGUGCAGUUCAUUUUUAAAAGAAAUCCAAACUCACCUAAAUUUAGGGGAUCCAAGUCGAACCAAGCUUCCCUCGUGUCAGAACUAGAAAUUAAGAUCCGAAUCUUGGGUUUUGGAUUGCUUGUAAAUCCCUCCCUCAUGAUUUCAGGUUCCAUUUCACACAAGAGAGAGUGGUCAAAAUUGAUUGGAAUUGACUGGAAAUUAAUGUUCCUUAUGUUAAUAAUACUGUAGGAACAAAGAAAUAGGUCCAAAUUUCAUUUUAUCAAUUUUCAAGAAAUCCAAAUCCAAACUAAAUGAAAAAUCACUUGAGGCUGGUUUUGCCAAAACCCAAACUCUGAGGGCGGUUUUGGCAAAACCAAAACACGAGAGUCCGCGCACCUCUCUAAUUUUUAUAUAACCGUGAAAUAAAUGUUUUCACUGGAAACAAUAUAUGUAAACUAGUGAAAAAAGAGAAACAGAAAUAUAAUUACUAACUACCCAUGUGUGCUUGUGAUCGUUACCGUGUAGAAAAUAUAUAAUAGGAUCUUGAUCACACUUUCCUCUGUCAGGGAAUAUUAUGCAAAUCCAAUAUUUUGUAGACAUAAUAAACCUAAUUAGAGAUACUGUAUAACAAUCCUUUUCAGCACAUUGUUACAGGUUCUUAAGCAGGGUGUACAAUCUGAUGAUUCCUUGUGAGGUUUGGUUUGCCAGCUGAGGAAUUGGGAUGAGGGGAAAUUGACUAGUUAGGAAUAAGGAGCCGAUAUCCAUGUUAACAAAGGUGCCAACAAAACGGACUACACCUCAGUACCUAGACCCAUGUCAUGAAAGGAGAUUGCUAAUAUAACAAAGCAAUGUGUUAUAAUAGCACGAAGGGAAGUUUGUUGAAGUUUUGCGAUAAAAUUGGCUUUAUAAAUAUUAGCAAUGACAAGUGAGCCACAGUCGCACUAAAGCUGUAAUACAGAGGACAGGUAUGUGCGCUAAUUGUAGAGGAAUGCCACCAAAAUGUUCCCUAAUCCCCCCUACCACCACCUCGCUAUCUACUAAAUGCUGAAAUAUAAAAGCUAUGUAUUAUUUAUUAACAGUUUCCUAUAUAGCACAGCAAAUUCUGUUGCGCUUCACAAUUGGAAAAAACAGUAAUAAAACAAGACUGGGUAAUAAUAAACAGUCAUAACGGUAAGAAGGCCCUGCUUGCAACCUUACAAUCAGUAGAGUUCUGUGCUAAAAUAAGUAAAUAAAAAUAUUUUUUUUUAAAGCAAAGUGAUUAAAAUAAGUGUGUUAUGUUUAAAGUGGCUAUUGAACUAAAAUGUAUUGUGGCUAAACUCAAGUAGCUGUGACUUUGCUGUAAAUUGCUUGACACGGCUGAAAGGGUAGCACACAGAACUUUUUCUUAUGCAAUUAGAAGUCCAUGUUAAGUUACUGCGGCCAUCAGUGGGAAAAUAAAAAUAUAGCUUGUAGUUCUCAGUCCCUGACUGGGUGAAAAGUAGCGAAAAAAAGUUAUUUUUAACUUACAAAUGUCGGAUUCAUUGCAGAACCUCUGGUACAUCCCUUCCAAUGAGUACAAAUGCACUAGAGGCGUUUAAAUAGCAUAAUUGACAAUAAUUACAUUUUUCAAUUAAUGUUCUGUAAUAAAAAAAAUGAAAAAGAAAGAUCAAAAAGGGUUGAAUUAUGUGGGACAUAUAUUUUGGGGUGUUGUAAAGAUGGGAAAUUGGUUUUUGAACUUGUACAGUAGAUGGGCAUUACAUGUGUUUUUCGCAAUAGUUUGGAAAUUUGCUUAAAAACCUUUAAAAAUCACAUGACGUCACAUUACAGAAAUUUGCAAUACCCCGAAAUAAUCCAGAGACUUUUAUUUGGCGAAAAAUACUUGCUUUCUAUAAUUUUUUACCAGUUAAAAAAAAGUAGAAACCAGCCAUUUAACACCUUUAUGGUCACUUAUAGCCUUCUAUGCUGUUAUCCAAGCUUAUAUGACACAUUUUAAUUUCCAUACAUUUUCAUGUACUCCCCCAAGUCGCACCAUGCAGACUUACUGUGUGACAUUGCCGUCAUUGCCACAAAUAGGCUUUGACAUUUACAGUGUGCAAUUUGUGGCAGCGCUAUUGAUAAAAUAGCCUGCAAGGUGGGUGGUCAUGUAACCUGCAACAUCCAGGAACAGAAUUUGUGGCUAUUGAAUUCGCCCCCAAGUAGAGAAUGGAAAGCUUACAGCCCCAUGCUACUUUUCUGGACAAAGCAGUGGUGGUGUUCUUGGUGAGUUAGUUCAAGCUCCGUUUUGUUGGCAGAAAAUGACAGUACAGUAUUUCCCCCCCGGGCCCCCCUGUUCUUCCAUGCUGCUUUUUAAGAAAUUACCCUUUAUUUAUGACGUGUGUCUUUUCUAACAUAUAAAAACAUCUUAAAAUACAUAGAGAAUAUAUUAAUUUAUCCACAAUUAAAUAAAAACUAUUUUAAUUAAUGGAUUCUCACAGCUCAAAUCGAUAUAACUUAAGUAUCAAAUUCACAUGUAUAAAUAAGAGGGCCUAUAUUUAAAUAAGCAUGGUCCCACCACAUCUUGGGGUUUACUUACUAGUAAACUGUAAAUGUGUAGUAGUAACCCAUAGCAAUGAAGCAGUAGUCAGCUUUGAUCGAUCUACUAUGUUAGAAAAUAAAACAUAACUCAAUGUACCUGUCUGAUAAAGUUGUUAGGGGAAUAUACACAAAGUGGAGGCUUUUCAAAGUCACUGCUUGUUGGUGGUUUUAUCUGCGGGAUUUAAAAGGGCAAUACUAUUAAAUGCAAAAGUAGAUUUAUUUUGUAUUUAAUAUUAUUUCCCUUUUAAAUCCCAUGCCAGAACUACCAAAAAAUUACAAAUGGUUACAUUUCUGGUUAAUUUUAAGUGAGGGUUUCCCCACUAGUUCCGGACUCUCAGGUUGUACAUCUCUGCUUUUUCAUUAAACUAUUAUUAGGCAAAUGAGAUAAUAGAUGCUGUCCUUCCCAUUUCAGCUACCAUAAAUGUUUAUUUUUUCAAAUGUGGCAUAUUUUUGCAUCAAUGUAAAUUCAUAAUUAAAAGUAAAUUUAUUUUUGUUAUUAAAAGUGUAUAAUAAAAAUAGUGGGGAAAUAUAUAAACGAGUAAAGGCAAUUAUUAUUAUAAAUAUAUAUAUAUAGAUAUGGAUAUAUAUAUAUAUAUAUAUCCAACCCAGUUUUGCUGGCACUCCAAUUCCAAUGCAACUGCUCCGGUGCCCAGUAAAGGUAAAUCAA